CCUCAUCAUGAACCAGCGGCACUGGUGCGGGUUGACGGCCAAGCUGGGCACCUUCCUGGCGGGCAUCUUCACCAUCCUGGUCAUUGACAUGUACCUCAUCUUCGAGAGGAGGCACAUGGAGGGGAGCACCAAUUGCUCCUCCCACGUCCAUGAGGAAAGCCACACCAUCAACCACUGGAUGAUCUGCCGGAGCUUCAGCCUCUCCGUCUUCCUGGCCAUCAUCACCGUCUUCAUCUGCUGCUUCCUCCUCUACUCGGUGUUUGCUCAGUUCUACAUCGGGAUGGUCACCUACGUCAUCUGGAUCGUCUUCUACGAGGCCUCCAACUUGCUGCUCCAGAUCCUGACCAACAGGCCCGGGGGCAACACGCUGAUCGAGGAGAUGGCGCGGCCCCACUGGUGCGGGCUGAGCCCCAAGACGGGCUCCAUCCUGGCGAGCAUCUUCACCAUCCUCAUCACGAUCGAGUUCCUCAUCCUGGACCUGAGCCAGGUCACCGAGUUCGGCGAGCUCCACCUCUACAGUAAGGCUUCCAAGAUCACCACGUGGGCCAUCAAUCACCGAAACAGCAUCAUCAUCUUCCUCUCCAUCAUCACCAUCCUCGCCAGCUGCUUCCUCUUCUACUCCGUGCACAAGCAGUUCUACCUGGGCCUGGCCAGUUACACCAUCUGGAUCAUCCUCUACGAGCUGGUCAGCUUCCUCUACCUGCUGCUCACCAGCAAGUUCGUCCUUCGGCCUUUCCAGCAAAUGCAGCACGUGCGUUGGGUCCACCUCAUCUCCCGGGCGGGCUUUCACGCCUUCUGGCUCUCCUUCGUCGUCACCCACAGCUACGGCCUCUACAAGGGGCAGGCCGUCGGGGCCUCCAGCCAGGCCUCCCACUCCAGGCGAUUGUCCAGCUGCUCCAAUGAAUCCUCCCACCUUGUCCCCGUGGGGCGGAGGCACUUGUGAGA